CCCUGUUCCAGGAAUCUCAAGAUGGCGAUCUGCCGUGACGGGUAACAAAACGGUGCGUGUGUGCAACUCGUCGUGUUCGUGUUUUUCAAUGCAUUUUCCCUGUAGACGAGAACGAGUCGUACCGUCGUUGGUACGCGUUGUGCGUGCGUGACCGAAAACGGCACGAGAUAUUAAGUAGUGAUAGCGGGUAGUGCGGCGACGAUAAUUGCCAUCCAGCGGCGACAACACCGGUAGCCGGUUCAAGAAGGAUUAUUAGUGUGGGAAUUCGACGAUAUCUCCAUCCUGCAGCUGGCGGAAAGAAGUCCCAAUAUUCUGCCAUACAACGCGCAAGAGGUCCGCGAACAAUUCGGCCCGCUCAGGAACGCUCGCUCUAGCCCAGCACCGGAGGCGUGUAGAGGUACUGCCGGUUGGGAGGCGCGUGCGCAUACUAACUUGCCAUCCCCACACACCUCCAUACACGUGCCAGUUUGUGGGUGUAUUUGUGUGUCUGUGCGUGUGUGCGUGUGUGUGCUUGUUCACAAUCAAACUACAUCCACGAUCAAUCGAGUCAGUCUGCUGUCAGUCGAUCAACAACCGUGCAUUGUGGGGCGUCCCGUCCGGCAUCUCUGUACCGGGUGUAGUGAACGUGUGUGUUCAUGUACGUGUGACCGCAAGAUGCGUUUGUUGUAGGGCCUGGUGCAUCCUAUACACAGACCUACGAUCCGGUUACUUGCGUGCGUGUCGUGUGCCGCCAGUUCCAGCGUGUGGUGUUCGAUUACAGCAGCAGCAGUAGGCCCUGCUGGUCCGGUGGUGGCGAUGGCCACUCGGGAAGCGGUCACGGCACGGUAAGGCAAGCCGGGAAGAUGAUGUGCCUGCUUUGCUGGGGUAUAUUGUGUGUCAGUGUUCGCUAAAGUAUCAUCCCCGCGGUUUCGGUGUGCGAAGCGGGCGUGGUGGGGCGACGUCCGGGCCAGUCGAUACCCGGUGGGAACGACGGAAAGCGAAAAUCAUGGCACCGGCGGCGGCAUCAUUAGUGCACCUUUGUGACCGGGUCGGUCUUGCCAGUGCGUUCACGUGUCACAGUCAGACUGUUCCGCGGUUGCCCACGUCCGCCAGCGUGUGAGCGUGCGUGUCCUUCCCCGACCUAGCGAACGGCGACGGGUGUUCGGGUGUUCGGGAAGUGCAUCAAUCAAAUCAAUCGCGGAGCGCGAUCACCGCAACCAAGGAGCGGAGGACAAAUAGAAACUGUAAUCUAUCAGCAUAUCAGAACAAUCGUGCGUGUGUGUGAGAGAGAGAGAGAGUGUGUGAGUGUAUCAGGAAGAUACUGCGACACAUUCCAUUCGAUCCUCUAGACUGUUGCGGGGUACUAACAGCGCAAUUUCGAAGGUUUCGACUGGCAGGGGGGAGGGACCACAAGGAUCCAAAAAACACACUCGUAACACAGCAAAUCCUCUGCGGCUGGGUACCCCUAGGACCCAACCGUGCGUGCGAUCCCCACUCGAGAAUAUGGAGAGGUUUCUGUCGCUGCUACUGCUGUGCUACGUACUGUACCAGAAGUUCGAUGGCGUCAUCAGUGACCAGGUUGUUUUGCUGGACACCACGAAGGAGGCGACGCUGGAGUGGACCCGAUAUCCCUAUGGACCGCAGGCACAAACGCCCGGGUGGGUCGAGGAGUCGUUUACCAACUUCGUGAAGGGCAUCAACUGGCGCAGCUACGUGGUGUGCGACGUGGCGUACAACAACGUGAACAACUGGCUGUGGUCACCGUUCAUCGAUCGUGGCCCCGCCAACCGGCUGUACAUCGAGAUCCACUUCACCAUCCGCGACUGUUCGCUGUUUCCCGGCAAUGCGCUCUCGUGCAAGGAAACGUUCAGCUUGCUGUUCUACGAGUUCGACGCAGCGACCCGGGAACCGCCACCGUGGCAGCCGGAAAGCUACAAGCUGAUCGGUCGCAUUGCGGCCGGCGAGGGCCGCUUCAACCAGAACUCGGACGUGGACAUUAACGUGGAGGUGAAGAGCAUUGCGGUGACGAAGAAGGGCGUGUACUUUGCGUUCCGGGACCAGGGCGCCUGCAUCAGUGUGCUCGCGGUGAAGGUGUACUACAUCACGUGCCCGGCGGUGACGGUUAACUUUGCGCACUUUAACGAAACGCCCACCGGGCGCGAGGUGACGAUCAUCGAGCAGCAGAUGGGCGUGUGCGUGGAGAAUGCGGAAGCGUACGAAACGCCCACGUACCUGUGCAAGGGCGACGGCAAGUGGACCAUACUGACCGGGGGCUGUCGGUGCAAGGUGGGCUACGAGCCGGAUGCGGACAAGCAGACGUGCAACGUGUGCCCUGUUGGGAAGUUCCGCUCGGCGGAGGUGCGCACCUGCACGAUCUGUCCGCUCAACUCGAAAACGAACAAGGUCGGCUCACCGUUCUGUCCGUGCCUGAGCGGCCACUAUCGGCAUCCGCGCGACGGGAAGCACAUGCCGUGCUACAAACCGCCCGGACCGCCGACCAACCUGACGCUGCUGUUUAUCGACCAAACGAGCGCCAUCCUGUCGUGGAAUGCGCCGCAGCGGGCCGCGGACGAACAGCUGGACAGCAAGUUCCGGAGCGAUAUUGUGUUCCGGGUACGGUGUGCCGCCUGCACGUCGAACGUAGUGUUCAAUCCGUCGAGCGAAACGUUUAACGAUACGAAGCUCACGCUGACGAACCUCGAACCGGUCACGACGUACACGGUGCAGGUGCACUCGCAGCACGGCGUAUCCUACCCGAUCGUAUCGCCGGAGGGCAUGCACGGUGGGGCGGGCGGGUACGAGAACGGCAGCAUGGUGGCACCGGGGGCGAGCGGUUACCACGCGACCGAACCACCGAUGGUGAUGGUGAAUGCGCGGGCCGGCGCCGGUUCAUCGUCCGAUCUGGACGACAUUAAGACGGAGUUUGCGGAGAUCACGUUCACAACCGAAUCGGCCAUCCUUAGCACGGUGUUUAACGUAAAAGUGGUACAGAUCACGAACAAGGACGUCGAUCUGGUGUGGGACAAACCGAUCCACAGUGAUUCACCGAUCGAAUACUACGAGGUACGGUGGUUCCCCAAGUCGGAGGUGGACGCGAUGAACAAGUCCGUGCUGAGCACCAAGGAAUCAAAGGUGCACAUCGGCGAUCUGCUCGAAAACACCGAGUACGGAUUUCAGGUGCGGUGCAAAACGCUCAACGGUUGGGGCACCUUCAGCAACAUCGUGUACGCGCAAACGCAUCAAAGCGUCAGUCCGGUGUAUGAUGAUUCGUUCCAGAUGCGCAUCGUAGCCGGCACCACCGUUACCGUUGUGUUUAUUUUGGUGCUGGUGAUCGUUGUUACGGUAGUAUUCCUGCGCUCGAAGAACCACGACGAGAUAGACAAGAAAACGAACAACCAUCUGCCAUUGCCGUUGGAUUAUGCGAGCAACGAAGUUCACGCAAUGGACACCACCCCGAUAGUCAAAACGAUGAAAAGCAAUGUGACCACACCAUUGUUCGGUACGAGCCGGAGCUAUGUCGAUCCACACACGUACGAGGAUCCGAACCAGGCGAUACGCGAGUUUGCCCGGGAGAUCGACGCAAGCUACAUCACCAUCGAGGCCAUCAUCGGUGGCGGCGAGUUUGGUGACGUAUGCCGUGGCCGGUUGAAGGUGCCACCGAACUUUGUGCAGGAGAUAGACGUUGCCAUCAAAACGCUGAAGCCCGGCUCGUCGGAAAAGGCGCGCUGUGACUUCCUGACCGAAGCCUCGAUUAUGGGACAGUUCGAGCAUCCGAACGUGAUCUUCCUGCAGGGCGUGGUAACGCGGUCGAACCCGGUCAUGAUCAUUACCGAGUACAUGGAGAACGGCAGCCUGGAUACGUUCCUGCGCGCGAACGAUGGCAAAUUCCAGACGAUUCAGCUGAUAGGCAUGCUGCGCGGCAUCGCGGCCGGCAUGACGUAUCUGAGCGACAUGAACUACGUGCAUCGGGAUCUGGCCGCCCGGAACGUGCUCGUGAACUCGCUGCUCGUGUGCAAAAUCGCUGACUUCGGGCUGUCGCGGGAGAUCGAAAAUGCGAGCGACGCGUACACGACGCGGGGUGGUAAGAUACCGGUGCGCUGGACGGCACCGGAAGCGAUCGCGUUCCGCAAGUUUACGUCCGCGUCGGACGUGUGGUCGUACGGUGUGGUACUGUGGGAGGUGAUGUCGUUCGGCGAGCGGCCGUACUGGAACUGGUCGAACCAGGACGUGAUCAAGAGCAUCGAGAAGGGGUACCGGUUGCCGGCGCCGAUGGAUUGUCCCGAGGCGCUCUACCAGCUCAUGCUGGACUGCUGGCAGAAGCAGCGCACGCACCGGCCCACCUUUGCCAGCAUUACGCAAACGCUCGACAAUCUCGCGCGGCAACCGCAGGUGCUGCUGACGACGCGCAACUCACCGGACAAUCCGGUCGCCCGCAUGGGUACGGCCGGUGGCGUGUCCGAUGACCUCACGCAGGAAAUGCUAGCGGCGGCGGCUGCUAGUGGUGGUGGUGGUGGCGGCCUACCCACAAUGCUUGUCGGUGGCGGCAGCUCCCAGCAGCAGCAGCAGCAGCAACAGCAGCAGCAGCAGCAACGUGCCGCCACACUGAUGAUGGGUGGUGGUGGCGUUGGUGGUAGCGGUACGACCGAGCGUGUGCUGAACAACGGCAGCAGCAGUAUGGCGAACGUGCCCGGCUCGAUGGGUACGCUCGGGUCGACGGUCGGUGGAUUAAGCAAUACCGGCACGAUGUCCGGGUCCGGCAAUCCGGGCAUCUUUAUCAGCACCGAUCUGUGGCUGGAAGGCAUCAAGAUGUCGCGCUACUCGCAGCAUUUCAAAGAGGCCGGACUCGUUACGGCCCAACAGCUUUCGCGGCUAACCGCUCAACAGCUGUCCGACAUGGGCAUCACGCUCGUAGGCCACCAGAAGAAAAUACUUCACCAGGCGCGACAGAUCGAUACCAUCAUCUAAACCGCGUUUUCGAUAACCACAUUCCGGUAACCACCACAACACACACAGAAAACGGAAGUCGCUCCGUCAUCAUUCCCGGGUCGCCAGGUGCAACAAGUCUCUCUCUCUCUCUCGCUCGCUAGAACAGCAGCAGUAAUUCUCAGAACUAAUAGGACGUUAGGAUAGUGUUUUAGCUAGGUGUGUUUUCCAGCGCGCGGACUCAACAACACACAACUUCCAUCUGGAAAGUAGUUUUAUAUUUUUGUGAUUUUAUUUUUUGUCGUUUGUUUAAUUAUCACUCGAAUGUAAAAAAGAAAAUUGAAAUACUCCACACCCGCGCGCAGCACUAGAUUGAAGAGGGAGAAGCAGGGGUUUCGGAUGGCGCAGUCUUUACGUUUCUCUUUACAACUUCACUGAGCACACACUUUACGUCUCCCCGGAUCGAAACUGAUUUUAACCUUCGCCAAUCGCCAAUCAAAUAUAUUUUAAGCUCUCUAUUAGCCCCUUUGCUCACUAUUGUUAGCUUGUGGGUGAGCACGGUGAGGUAUUGAUUUUUUUUUUUUACAAUUCUUUAUAGUUUGCCUUCUUGUCUUGGCUCAUAUGAAGUUUGUGCCUUGAUCUGUGUGACUGGUUCAUGAUUUCUGAUUUUAAACUUCGAGGCGCUUCAAUAUCUGUAUACAUAUAGUUUAAGGUGCCGCCGGAUUUUCCACCCACCGGAAGAAAAGCACUCAUUAAGCAGUCACUUAUUCGUGUUUUUUUUUCUCCGAGCUCGAGCUUUUGAAAAUUGUGUAAAUUUUUCUUUUUAAAUGAACUUAAAGUUUUUUUUUAUGAAUAUUCUUACAUGCUCACACACAUACAAACACCACCAUCACAUUGAUUUCAUAUCAUUGUUCCCAAUACGAAAAUUCUCAAAGCAACAAAAAUACUCACACAGUGAAGCUAUUACUAUUAAUAAGUAGUAAUAGCUUCUUUUUCUUCUCAAUAAAUCCCCUCUUUUCGUGGUGGGGAUGACUGAAACGUCUGAUCCGGUGUCCGGGCAGGACAUUCUGGAGGGUUGCCUGGUCCAAAUACUACUACUACUACUACAAUCUAGCAGAAAUCUGUUUUCUGAACCUCACACACACACACACACUUGCGAGUGCGAGUUACGUAACUGUGUGUGUGUCUGUGUGUGCGUUUAUAUGAGAUAAUACACCGCAUUUAUUAGCUUACUCCAGUGCCAGCACGCGCAAUUUUCCUCGUGUUUUAAGUUUACAUCCUGUGAUCCACGCCUGUGCGUGCGCGUGUGUGUGUGUACAGGGGGUUUUUAACUUUUUUUUAUAAAACAGAAGACAACAAAAAUUCAGUGUUCUUGCUAUUUCUAGUAUGUGCUCUCUCAGUGAACUUGUGUUACUUAAGCGUUGGCAUUUUAUAUAUAUAUAUACAUACACAUAUACAUAUAAAUAUAUAUACACAUACAUACUAGCCUGGGUAUGAAAGUCCUUUCGAAACACAAACGGCGGACAGAGACUGACACACUCAUACCCCCCCCCCCCCACAUUCACACACACACACAUGCAUACUGACUGAAAGUAGGAAUAUGGGGGUGUGUGUGCGUGUGUGUGGCUGUGUGGAGUGGAGACGUGAUGGAGACUAUAUUUUAUAGCAGGGAAAAGCGGCGGUAGUAGAUUUUCCGUUUCGUUUUCCUCUAGUGGCUACAGUAAAAUAGACCGUGGGCGAAUUAUAAUAUUAGGAGACGAUUAGGGGUUCGGUUGGCGUGCAAGACAGGGUAAUACCGGUACGGGAACGAUAUCAAGCGAGAUCAGGGUAGAGAGAAAGGAUGGAAGUGGAGGGGGGGGGGGGUUUGUAUGCAUCAACAACAAUGUGAUUUUUAUACUCGGUAGUAAUUAGGUAGUCGGCUUUUUUAUUUUGAAAUAGUUUUUGUUUUAAAUGUGUUUAUUUUUUAAAACUGUUAGUUUCUUAAGGGUUUAAGUGCUGCUCAUCCAUCCAACCUGCGCCUCUCUCCUUCAAUCAAUAUCGCUUCCUGAUUGGAUGCGCCUGCUUCGGCAGCAGCAAAGCGAGAAACGAAGCGAAACGGCAAAUGAUAAGGCGCAACGUAACGCUUCGUAACGCCGCUACGAACUAUGGUAACAGUACAGUAAUAGAAUGUCAAAAAAAUAAUAACAAGAAUUAGAGUUUCUUUUUUUUGUGUUAGCGGUGGUUGUGAUUUGCUGUUUCGUUUCUCCUUAAAGUAUGCAUUUAUUUUGUUUGUGUGUGUGUGAGAGACAGAGAGAGAGAGAGGGAGUAUAUGCUUUGCAAAUAGAAUCAAUUCAGAGCGCGGAAGAAAGCAAUAGGCGAGAGCGAAGAUAGUGUGUGUGCGUGAAAGAGAUUUAGAGAACGGGAAGAAAGCAGAACGAAAUUUUAACGAUCUGCUUCCCGAUUAAUGCAUUUCGUUGGUGUGUGUGUAUAGAGAGCGUAUAUAAUUUAAUUUUUUAAUCUGUAUUUUCUCUUCCUAAAAUACUUAGUUUAAAUAUAUAUUUCUAACAGUCGAUCGCCACCAAGAGGGAAGAAGGUGGCGGGCUGAUGAACGAAACCGUGCGCAUCUCGAUUCACACAUUCACAAACUACCAGUACCACACACGUACACACCGAUCGGUGAGAACAUCGAAUCCCAGGCAAGCAGCGGCACACUGGGAGGAUUUGUUUUUAAGGUGUAAAGUUAGCUUAUCCAUUUCUUUAUUUCUUUGUUUGUUAAUUUCGAAGUUCGAUACUCGGAGAGAUGCGUUUUUGUUGUAUCCUCGACACUUUCCAUCCAUCCAGUGAUAUUCCAUCUUGUAGAAAUACUCACAUACACACGCGUACCACAUAUCGUUUGGAUUGAAUGAUUGUUUUAACAAAAAAAAGAAACGAAUUACCUGUAUUUGUUUUGCUCGCUUCCAAUUUUGUAAAAUCAAUUGGUUGGUUUUGGAGUGAAUUAUAUUGGAUCAGGAUUGUCCGACUGGCAGCAUCCACGAAAGAGAGCAGAAACGAGUAGGGGAAAUGAGUGAAGUAAUUCACGGACAAAAAUUAAAGAUAAAGAAGAGAGAGAAAAAAAAACAGAAAACGAACUGCAAUAGUGUAAAAUAACAAUCAUAAUAGUGGUUUCGUUAAUGACAUCAGAUAAGAUUGAAAUAUUAACUCAUGAAAAAACAAAAUUAAACAAAACAAAACGCAAUAUUGCCAGAUUUGGAUUAUAUACGUGGUGUGGGGGGCGCGGGUGGUCUCGCUUUGUGGGGGGAGAAAAAUAAGUAAUAAAAUUAAUACAAUGGGAAGCAAAAGAAAAACCACACACACACACAUACACACGAAAAAGACACACAGACACAACUAUAGCCUGUAAAUAAUGAUAUAGUAAGAAAACCGCAGGGAGGGAUGCAAACUGUAUUUGAUUUAGUGUUUAUGUGAAACCAGUGAAAAACAUCGGGGAAAAACAAAAAACUCUGUGUGAGAAAAGGUGUGGUUAAAGGUAAAAAAAAUGGAAGCAAACGGAAGAACGACAGACAAAUCGUACAAAAAACACAGAUGGCCAUGGGAGAAAAAAAUAGGAAAACACAAAGAGAAGCGUUCGAGUGAGCUAAUUAAAGCAAGGCGAGAGAGAGAGAGAAAAAAAACAACGGAAGAGCCCCCCUAAGAAAAAACAAAUACACACACACACAGCGAAAAAAUUAAAACAAACGAACAGGAAAACAAAACAAAAAAAAAACAGAACAAUAAUGGUUUUCGUCCAUAGUGCAGUUUUCAUAUCUUAAAAAUAGAAAUAAAAUCACAAUCCCCGAGGUGUGUGUGUGUGUGUGAAAAAGGAGCCGAUGAUAUUGGCAAUUAGCGUGUGAUUAGCUUGGAUGGAGCAGUGUUUUUUUUUUUGAGUCACUGGCACUUCCGGUCACCGGAAGUUGACGUGAGCUGUAAGAUAAUAAGCCGCACAGGGGAGUUUUUGUUUUAAUGAAAUUAUUUGUCUAAUUUCCAUUCCUUUCCAAUUUUAUUGCCCAUCGAGAAAUGCCCGAAGUUCGCGGGGAGGGGGUGUGGGGGGGGGGGGGUUUGGGCGGUUCGGCUUAUUGGAAACGGUGCAACGCUGGAAAAAAGAUAUGGGAACGGAACAACGAGUCACGUGUAAAGAUUUUAAUAGCGAGGAAAGCCUCUAGCAAUAAAUAGAUAUCUUUAACAACAAUCGGGGGAGGCAAACGCAAACACCGUACUGAAGUCUGAUAGGAAAAUUGCUCUCUAGCUUUUCUUUUUCACUCACCAUAUUGUUUGGGGGUUUUCCAACCAUCUCCGAGCUUAGUUGCUUGGUUGGGUGGUUCGAUUUUGACGGGGGUUUAUUCUUUUAUGCUCCUCCUCCUUUCGGUCUGUGUCGGUCUGUAGCUUAGGUUAGGAGUGGGCAAUCUCAUUUUCUCUCCCAUAAACCUCCAAUUAAAAAAAAUUCAAACAAAAAAGGCUUAUAAUGUGGGGCUGCCGAAGGGUGGGGUUGAAAUCGAAAUGAUCGUUAGCCUUUAAAGAAAAGCGCAAACAGAGAGAAGACACCGUGCGAACAACCGACCAGAGAAAAGGAGACACAGACGCUUCCAUCGCGCGAACGCCGCGAAAGUUUGCGCCGAAACGACCCGCCACAGGGGGUGGGGGGGCGGCCGGAGGUGCGAAAUGAAAAAAAAAUACGCCAAUAUAUCAUAAGACUGUAAUUUAUAGCAAUACCGGAAACUGUAGUGUGGGCUUACGUUUUUGCGAGAUUUAAGACGGGAAAGAAAGAAGAAAAUAAAGACACACGAGUAAGAAGAAUGCAUUGAUGGUUGAGUUUUGUUGAACUCUAUAACUUCCCUCUCUCUCUUUCUCUCUCAAUCUCUUUUUCCCCUCCGAUAGGCUAGCUCCUUUAGGUCACAUGCGUACGCGAGAGGCUUGUUUUUGUAAAGGAAAGGAAGAUGUGUGUUAAGGACUGAAGUGAACUAGAUUUAAAAGGGAGUUGUUUUUGCUUUGCCUUUUUCUUUUUUUGUUUUCUUUUUGCUGUUCGCGAAUGGUUUUCUUUUGUUCUCGCCACCAUUCCAACCAGCCCAGCCAGCCAGCUUAUGAGCUUAUUAUUCUCAAUUUUGACCAUUUUUUAAUUGCACAACACCACGUGUCCAAUGGUGUGCGAUGGGAAAAGAUCGAGGUUUAAAAUGUAUGUAAUCUUAAUCAAGCAAAUAAGCAAAAAAGAAGGAGUCGCGCUCUUAGGUAAAGAGAUGGGAUGUGUUUUUAAAAAAAUAUAUAGAAAAUAAAGUUGAUCGUAUAAAACAAAAUGCUAGCAAAAAACAAAAGAAAACAAACUAUUGGAGACAAACAAAAGAUUAAACGUGUAAAUGAACCUUGCUUGGAGAGAAAACAAAAACAGAAACCCAAAGCAAAACAAAACAAA